AUGGCGUGCGUGCUCCGGAGGCAGAGGGCCGGGCCCGGUGGUGCGCGUGUGCGCUGUGUGUGCAGCGUGCGUGUGGGGUGUGCAGGGGCGGGGGAAAACCUCCACCCGAGGCUGUGGCUCCUGCGGCCGCCCCGCCCCCAGCCGUCCAGCAUGUGCACACGUCGGGUGAAGCCUGGACCGGCCGGCCCACCUGCCUCGCCGCAGCCGCGGCUGCUGGGCUCUGGGCUCGUGCGGCGACCUCCAGCUGCUGGCGGGGAGGCGGUGCUGGUGACAGAGCUGUUCGCAAGCCCACGUGUCGGGCGCCUGGACUCCCAGCUAUGGAAGAAUCGGGGCGUCCGGCGAGAACAGGGCUCCCCGUGGGCUGCCUCGGAGCACAUCACGGUCUGGGGCCGCAGCCAGAAUCUGUCCACGCAGGGGCCGUUCAUCCUGCUGGGCUUCCCAGGGCCUCGGGGCCUGCACGUCAGGCUCUUCCUGCUCUUCCUGGUCAUGUAUGUGCUCACGGUGGCCGGAAACCUGGCCACCGUCUCCCUGGUGGGGGCUCACCGGCACCUGCGGACGCCCACGUACUUCUUCCUCUGCAGCCUCUCCUUCCUGGAGGUCCGGUUCACCAUGGCCUGCGUGCCCAAGACCCUGGCCGCCUUCGCCUGGCGCAGCGGAGCCAUCUCCUCCGAGGGCUGCGCCGUGCAGAUGUACUUCAUCUUCUCGCUGGGCUGCACCAGGUACUUCCCGCAGGCCGCGAUGGCCUACGACCGCUACCUGGCCACCUGCCUGCCGCUGCGCCACGGCAGCAUCAAGACGCCCGGCCUCUCCGCCCGCCUGGCCCUGGGCUCCUGGCUCUGCGGCUUCUCAGACAUCACCGUGCCUGCCGCCCUCACCGCCCGCCUCUCCUCCUGCGGCUCGCGUGUCAUCCACCGCUUCUUCUGCGACGUCACGCCCUGGGUCGUGCUGCCCUGUAGCGACACGCGGGCAGCGGAGCUGGCGUCUUUCGGCAUCGCCUCCGGCGUCAUCCUCGGCACCACGCUGGUCUCCUCCGCCCGCAUGGUCGCCACCGUGGUCAGGAUUCCCUCGGCCCCGGGCCGGCGCCAGGCCUCCUCCACCUGCUCGCCGCACCUCACGGUGGUCCUCCUCUGCUACGGCUCCACCCCCUUCCUGCACGUGAGGGCCUCGCUGGGGAGCUCACUGGACCUGACCAAGGCCGCCACCGUACUCGACGCCAUCGUCACCCCGGUGCUGAGCCCCUUCACCUACACGCUGAGGAACAAGGAUGUCGAGGACGCUCUGCGGAGGGGGGUGCAGGGGAAGUGA